AUGUGCUAUCGGGAGAUUUUAUUUUUUGGAGUAAUUUUACAAACGACACUUGUUUCGCCGAUUGCCGAAAUCGGCGCGGACGACGAAGUACUGCAUCUCAUCGGUGAGCCAGACUUUCGCGAUGUAAGACUAAGGUGGGAAUAUGGGCAGGCGGACGAGGAUACGAGGAAAUUGUUGGCCUUCCAAAUUCACUAUUGCGAGCUGCAGGCGUGGGGACAGUACCGGUGUAGAACUAAAGUAGUUGAAAAUUCUGAAGAAGAAAGAACCGGAAGGAUGGUUGAUAACCACUACAUCGAAGCCAGCAAUAGGACAUCGUGGUCGAAGCUUCAGCACAUACAUUACCGGGUUACGAAUGGCGACCACCUACUCCUUCGAACACGCGCCACACAAUGUUUACCGCACGCCAGCGAAGUCGAGGUUUCAACUGGACCCUACUUCGGAGGACGAAUAGCCGUAGAAGCAGCGGACGGGGGCCCAGAGCGCUGUUCCAUACAAGGCAACCCGAACAGCGCGCAAGACGCCUACAUUCUUCGGAUACAUCACGACGAAUGCGGCUCAGACGUCAAUGAAACCACUGUAGCUACUUACGUGAUCGUGCAAGAGAAUCUUCCGAUUCUGACACAUAGUACAAGAAGGUUUCUCGUGCUGUGCUCAUACAAACCUGAGACGUUAACAGUUCGAGCUGGCAUAAAUCUACCCAAAUCUAGCCCAGGGGAUGUUCUACUCGAAGCGAGACCGCUCGGCACUGUAGAACCAUUCAACGAUUUGGAUAACAACAAUCUUCAGCCUGCUCGUUUGGAGGCCCGUAAGGACGAUUCUACGCAAAGCAUGUUUGGAGAAAUAACGCUAGUUAUGUUUCUGGUGGUCACGGCGUUUGUUGGCCUAGGUCUUUUGGUAUGGAAAAUGCUCCCACAAGCUCACAAAGACGACAUGUCUAUCGCAUCAAUAUCGUCUCUUUCGCGCAGUAGUAUUUUUAGUGGAAGGAAUAGAGAUAGAUUCUCAGAUAAAAGUUCUGUGUAUUCAAUAACCUUGUCUGAAAAGGACGAGGACGUUGUAAAGAAACAAGGCGAUAACACUUCUGAAGCUUAA